AUGCCAACGAACAAGGCCGCCAUAAUACCCUCCUCAGGAGUUCGUCCACUCCAGCUUAUCACACGACCAUACCCUUCACCAACAGCUGGUACUCUCGUCGUCCGCACCCAUGCUCUCGCCAUCAAUCCACUUGAUCACCUCAUUCAAACCCAAGGGACCGCCCUGAUCGACCUGGCUGGCGUCGUCCAGGAGAUCGGCGCUGGUGUGACGCGCUUCAAAGUCGGAGACCGCGUGGUCGCUCACGCCACAGGCACCGACAAGGAGCGCAAUGAUCCUGCCAUGGGUGCUUUCCAGGAGUUCGUGGUCGUACAGGAGAUCAUGUGCUGCCCAGUACCAGAGAAUAUGAGUUUUGAGCAGGCGGCAGUGGUGCCAAUGGGUGUCUCAACUGCGGCUGCUGGCCUGUGGCAGGAUGAUAUGCUAAAGCUCAAACCUCCUUCGGCGAAAUCGCCGGGCUUCACUCAGACCGACGCGGCAAAAAGAAUCGUUCUCAUCACCGGCGGCGCGAGCAGCGUGGCUCUAACGCCAUCCAACUUGCCGCUGCAGCUGGCUACGAGGUCGUGA